AUGGGGGGCAGCCCUGGGGACAUGGGAGUGCCUGCUGGGCUCUGCCUACUAACAGGGGGCCCUGCCAUGCAGGAUGGCAACUGCAUUUUGCCAGCUCCUGUCAUAACUGAGGCUUCCACUGAGUUUCUUUACAACUGUCACGUAUUUUCUCUGCAGAUCAAGGAUAUAGAAGUCCUCAACUGUGAAUAUGGCAAGAACACGAUUAAGUUCCUUCGCCUUCGUCACGAAGGGAAGAAGCACUUCGUUAAAGAGGUGGAAGUCUGCACACAUCUCCGUCUGACUUCUGCUCAGGAGUACCUGGAUGGAAACAACUCUCUUGUGAUACCUACAGACACCAUGAAGAAUAUUGUCCUUGUGUUGGCCAAAAAAAAUGGGAUAUCAACUUUAGAACAAUUUGCUAUAGAUAUCUGCAGAUACUUCAUGACAACAUUUUGCCAAGUGGCGUACGUCAAAACCUACGUUCAAGAAGUACCAUGGCAACGUCUACAAGAGAAUGGUGUUCCCCACAUCCACUCAUUCAUGCUCGUUCCUGAUGGGAUCCGCUUUUGUGAAGCUGAGCAGUGCCGAAAUGGUCCUCUAGUUCUUUUUGCUGGAAUUAAAGAUCUCAAACUUAUGAAGACAACACAGUCUGGAUUCGAAGGCUUCUAUAGGAGUGAAUACACCACACUUCCUGAGAGGCACGACAGGAUUUUAUGUGGAGAGCUCUUCUGCAAAUGGUCAUACGGCGAAUGCAAAGAUCUUGACUUUGAUUGCAUAUGGAACAAAGUCCGUGAAUGUAUCCUUGAAGCCUUUUCUGGGCCGCUCGACUGUGGGGAGUAUUCGCCCUCCUACCAGAGGACUGUCAACUGUAUCCAGAUGCACAUCUUUUCCAAAGUGUCACAGGUACAGAUCAUAGAAAUCGUCUUGAACAACACUUUCUACAAUGUGUUAGACAUGAACAAUCUAGGCUUGACCAAUGAAAAAGAAGUCCUGAUUCCAGUGGAAACUCCCUAUGGCUCCUGUGCUUGCACACUUGGCAGGAAGAAGUUCCUAGAAGCACAAGGUCACAUGCUAAAAGAUGAGAAGCAAAGUCAGUUUGGACUGGCAGCUGCCCAGAGAAACUAA